AUGAAUUUUGUAUCACAUUUUGACACUACUUUUUCCGAUGCACUAGUGAAGCAGAGUGAUGGGGUUCAAUGGUGUCUUUAUCCUCUCAAUAAUCCAUCAAGCAACGAGGAAGAAGAGGAAACCUAUCUGAAUAAUAUCGUCAUAAGCGCAUUUGGAAAAGAACCAAGAGGAGGGAUGGGAGAGACCAAUAUCGAGAUUACUUACGCCGUUGGCAUGGAUGUAUGUGAGGAAAUCGUGACAGAUAUUAUGAAUGCUAUGGAAAAUAAGAAGUCAGUAGACUUUGAGCAAGAAGUGGAUAUGAAAUUUUUGAACGUGAUAAG